AUGGCUGCACCAGCUCCAAUUGCAAUAGGCACGCGAGGCACUGUAGGUUCGCUUGUCAGGAAGGAGAUCGAGUAUUUCAGCAAGCUUGAGCUCGACCGGCCGCGUGGAAGCUCAAGCUCGAGGAAGCCUCAGGGACAAAUAGUUGACAUGACUUCCAGCAGUUGCACUCAUUCUAGCAAGCCUAGCUUCUGGUUCUUGAUAAUGACCUGGAAAAGGAAGAAGAGGAGAAGCAGCAGAAGGUUCUUAUCAAGCAUAUGCUCUGCUACAAAAGUUGCAGAAACCAAUCGGCUAAAUGGCAUUCCUUGGUUUAAUUACAGGAUCCUCAAGGAUGACAUGAACAACUUGAGCAUUUAAGUUAGACCAUCUUCUCAAAGAGAGAGAGCCACUGGAUAUAGCGGGCAAGGCAACCAGAAACUGCAUCUUGUUUCCUAAGUACUCUGUUAUAAGAGUUGGUCUUAGUCUGAUAAAAUAGGAGUUGGAUUAUGUGGUUUGUGGAUUGAUCUAGACUCUAGAAGAGCAGCGAACUUACGAAGUAAUAGAAUUUAAAGUGGACAAAA